AUGCAGACGGGUAUAAACUUUGGAACUCAGGAACCCAGAAAGUGCACCCUAAAUGUCGUUAGCGCAUAUGCGCCUCAUGCGGGCCUAGAUGAGGAGGUUAAACAGUGCUUUUGGGAGGGGUUAGAUAAGAUUAUACGUCAGGUACCACCCGCUGAGAAGUUAUUCAUAGGAGGGGAUUUCAAUGGUCAUAUUGGGGCGACCGCAAGUGGGUAUGACGAAGUGCAUGGAGGCUUCGGUUUUAGGGAGAGAAAUGGAGGAAGAACCUCGUUACUGGACUUUGCUAAGGCUUUUAGGUUGGUGAUUGCAAACUCUAUCUUCCCAAAGAGGGAGGAGCAUUUGGUUACUUUUCGCCCUGGUGAUGGAUGCGUUAACACACAACAUUCAAGGGGAUGUGCCAUGGACAAAGACGGAAUACCUGGAGUGUAA